UGUGUAAUUGUUUAAACGAUUUGUCAUUGUUUUAUAAAUUUUAGAAUGCGCACAACUUUUGCGCAGUUUAGUUAACGCUAGACCACUGAAGGUUUAUGAAAACAGUACUGCUAAAUAAAAUUUCUUUAUAAAAAAAUAUCGUGUUAUCACCAAUCUCGUUUUAAGAAGGCACAAGACAUUUACAAGUGUUUCACAUCGUAUAUUAUAUGUGUAGUUGGAUCGAUUAAAAAGUCACUGAUAAAGAGAUUGUGUUCAUUGGUUAAGUUGCAAGUUUGGUAAGAGUAAACACAGCCGGGAGAUCAGAAAUGGAAGCUACUUAUAUUGCUGUAAUCCUUGUGCUGACAACGCGUACGUUCGCUCUCGUCAAUACCUGUUCUGUACCAACCCCUUGUACAUGCUAUAAUAGUUCCAUUAGUUACACAAUCAGGUGUAGCCACAAAAAAUUAACAAACGUUCCUAGUAUGAAACAAUCUAACAUUCAUGUCAACAAGUUGUAUUUGUUUUUUCAUGUAAACUCGUUUACAGUUAUUCCAAACAAUGCAUUUGAAACACUUAGCUUCGUCAAUGCAUCAGACGUUUAUUUGAUAUUGUCACAUAAUUAUAUCAGCUCAAUCGAAAAUGGUGCAUUUGAUGGAAUUGAAAAUGUUACAACAGAACUUGAUCUGAACAGUAAUAAUCUUAUGACGAUCCCGUUUGCUAUCAGUAAACUAGUUAACCUAAAAACUCUUAAAAUUCAGAAAAAUCCUCUUCGUUCACUUGACUCGUCAGUGAUGGCACAUAUUGGCCAAAGUUUGACUUUCUUUAGUAUAGAUUUAAAUCGUUUUUCUAAGAUGCCAAGGGAACUUCGUUAUCUUCGAGUAUUGCAGAGUCUGAGAUUAAACCACAUACCGUUUUCGCAUAUGGACAUGAAUGCAUUCCAAGGAGUUGACCAUACACUUAAAACUCUAUACCUUGAAUAUUCUAAACUUGAAAAGAUGCCCCUUUCCAUAUGUCGCCUGCGUCAUCUAACAUCAUUGUAUUUCUUAUACAAUAGCUACCUUAAUGAAAACAAGUCCUCUAUUCUGAUGCCAUAUGGUUGCAAAUUGCCUUUUGUCACAACUCUAAGCUUUCAUUCAAACAGUCUCCAUAUGUUUCCAGAUAUUUUUGCGAUCUUUCCAUCACUUACAUAUUUACACAUGCUUGGAAAUAAUCUUCAAUACAUAAAUUAUGAAAAAAUCCCAUUUGAUUCAAAUCUUACAACAUUGCUCUUGUCAAAUAAUCUUUUCGACAGAGUACCAUAUGCAUUAAACAGGCUAAAAAUGUUAAGGUCUCUUAGUCUUGGCGGUAAUAACAUUAAAACAAUUGACACACCUGACCUUGUAGGAUUGAAUUCUUUAACAGACUUAGAUAUUUCGUCAAAUCCCAUUAUGUUUAUAGCACCCGAUGCAUUUAAACAUAACGUUAACUUACGUUAUCUUAGUUUAUAUAACACUCAUCUGAAACAUAUUCCUGUUGCAGUGACUACUUUGACAAAACUUUUUGACAUUGAUCUUUAUAGAAUGUCAAUUGAGUGUACAUGUGACAUGUCUUACUUAAAACAUUGGAAUGUUGCAGCUAUUUACAGGUUUGAAGGAAAUUGCGCAUUUUCUUCUGAAAGUAUCAAAUAUUUUAUCAUGCAUUCCUUACAGUCUUGCCCGUAGACUAAUAACGCGUACAUUACAGAACAAAUCGAGUAUAUUUCCUUUUUGACUGUGUAACUACGUCAAAGUUCUAAUGACCCGUAUACUCUUCAUUCAAAGCAACGAAAUGUGUCUUCAUAAAUUUAGCUGGGUAAAUCAUUUAUAAGGGAAAUAUACCAUUUGUUUGCAA